UCAUCCCUCUGCAGAAAUGCCUAAAACGAAAGAAUUACACAAUGGCAAAUAUGUAAAUAUAUUACAAUAAGAAAUAUAAAUAUAUGUCCAGACUUCAGACCUUGGAAAACGGGUUGAGCUAAGAUCACUGUGUGGGUAGUUAUCAUGGAGGUUCAUCAUAAUCGCCGAUCGGAUCUUCGACCACUUGUUUUAAUCGUCUUCUUAACUGCGAAUCUUUUUACGGCAUCUACGGCGGCGUCUUCGUCGUCGGUUGCCGUCGCUAGCGAAGAAAAAGUGAAGUUGACUUUAUACUACGAAGCUCUGUGUCCGUACUGUGAGAAUCUCAUCGUCAACUAUCUAUACAAGUUAUUUGAUAACGGACUGAUUUCAAUUGUUGAUCUGAAGUUUAGUCCCUAUGGAAACGCUAAGAUUCGUUCCAAUGGUACCAUCGUUUGCCAGCAUGGUGAAUGGGAAUGUGUGCUUAAUACUGUAGAGGCCUGUGCAAUUCAUGCUUGGCCUGCUGUGAGUGACCACUUCCCUUUCGUCUAUUGCGUGGAGAAAUUAACUUAUGAAGGGAAAUACGCCGAAUGGGAAACCUGUUUUGAGAAAUUGAAUUUGGAUCCAAAACCCGUUAUCGAUUGUUACAGUAGUGGUUUUGGACAUGAGCUUGAGCUACAAUAUGCAGAUGAAAUAAAUGCUCUUCAACCUCCUCAUACUUAUGUGCCCUGGGUCGUCGUUGAUGGACAACCACUUUAUGAUGAUUACCCAGAUUUCAUAAGCUUCAUCUGUAAAGCUUACAAAGGAUCUAAUGUGCCCCAAGCUUGCCUUGGUUUAUCCCACCUCAUUAAGGACACUGCAAACCACCCUUCUGAUCAUGUCUGCUACAAAGAACAAGAGACUGCAAAAUCAACGCUAUCGAAGAUCAUCUCAGCAACAGCAGAUUUUUGGAUAGAUCGUGCUGGCAUGGCUGAAUCAAUCUAAUAGAUUAAUGGUAUGUUUUCUUCUUGUUGUUUGCUAUGUGAUUUCUCAAGUUCGUUCUGAAAAUGGUCUGGUUAAUUAUGAUACCGAUCCACAUGUAACUUGUUGCGUCGAUGUGGGAUAAAAUGUUGUAGCUUAUUGUACACUGGGCUUGUGUUUUUGACUUAACUAGGAUGAGAAUAUGUGAAACCCUUUA